UCCUAUUUAUAUUCCGUUUCCACGCGUGAGCCGCUUGUUGUGCAACAACUGCACUAUACUCGAUCGAAAACGGACCCAUCUCUCUCUCUCUCUCCUCUGAAACAAGGGCAGAUCACACUCGCAAAUCCUUCUCUCUGAAACUCUACCUUCUCUCUCCUGAAAAUUUCCUUAUACUCUCUCUCUCUCUCUCUCCAUCUAUCUAUCUUUCUUUCUAUCGGAUUUAUGCGCUGUUUUUUCACGACUUUUAGCCAGUUGUUUUGUUUUCAUGGAAGAAUCAGAGCAUGCCUCCUAAUUAAUUAGAGGCUGAAUGCGUGAUUAGGAGUAGGGCAUGGUCAUGGGAGCCGCUGGUUCGAAGCUUGAGAAGGCCUUGGGUGACCAAUUCCCUGAAGGCGAGCGUUACUUUGGUCUAGAGAACUUUGGUAAUACCUGCUACUGCAACAGCGUUUUACAGGCCCUUUAUUUCUGUGUCCCUUUUCGUGAGCAGUUGUUAGAAUACUACGGUAAUAACAAGACUCAGGGAGAUGCAGAUGAUAACCUUCUGACUUGCCUGGCUGAACUUUUCUCUCAGAUAUGCUCACAGAAGAAGAAAACGGGUGUUAUUGCACCAAAGCGUUUUGUCCAGAGAGUGAAGAAACAGAACGAGCUUUUUCGCAGUUACAUGCAUCAGGAUGCACAUGAAUUCCUGAAUUUUCUAUUGAACGAGCUGGUUGAUAUUUUGGAAAAAGAAUCUAAUGCUGCAAAAGCUUCUCCAGAAACUUCAUCACCAUCUGAAAAAACUGCCAAUGGGCCCCGUAGUCUUCAACCUAAUGGUGUCCAGAAAGAACCUCUGGUCACCUGGGUUCAUAAGAAUUUUCAGGGUAUACUGACUAAUGAAACGCGAUGCUUGAGAUGUGAGACUGUGACCGCAAGAGAUGAGACGUUUCUCGACCUGAGUCUUGACAUUGAACAGAAUAGUUCCAUUACAAGCUGUCUUCGAAACUUCAGCUCUACUGAGACAUUGAACGCGGAAGACAAAUUCUUCUGUGACAAGUGUUGCAGCCUACAGGAAGCUCAGAAAAGAAUGAAGAUAAAGAAGCCACCUCAUAUCCUUGUUAUCCACCUUAAGCGCUUCAAAUACAUUGAGCAGCUUGGGCGAUACAAGAAGCUUUCUUAUCGUGUUGUCUUCCCAUUAGAGCUCAAGCUUAGCAACACAGUCGAGGAUGCAGAUUCAGAAUACUCUCUAUUCGCUGUGGUGGUCCAUGUGGGUUCAGGCCCCAACCAUGGUCACUAUGUGAGCCUUGUGAAGAGCCAUAACCACUGGCUGUUUUUUGAUGAUGAAAAUGUGGAAAUGAUUGAUGAAUCAGCUGUGCAGACCUUCUUUGGGUCUGCGCAGGAGUACUCAAGCAACACUGAUCAUGGGUAUAUCCUCUUCUACGAGAGCCUCAAGUGAGAGAAUGUUAUCAUGUGAGGAGCCUCAAGGGAGAACGGAAGAGUAUGCUGAUUUUCCUCCAGUGAGAGAGAAGCAUGUUGAUUUUUUUUAUGGUUUCGGGUAUUUGUUCUGUUCCGUGGUAUGAUCUCAACUCUCCCAAUUUAUGUCUACUUGGCACGGGGCAGUGGCUAUGGUUCCUCUAAUUUUUCAAGUGUUUAGAAGAGAACUCGGGGAAAAUUUGGUUUUUUUGUUGGUCAUUUUCUUUGAUUUUUCCUUUUACAAUAUAUUCUCGAGUACAUGCACAGAUGGGGGUGCCUAUUUGAGUGCCAUGGAUGUGAAGUAUCAUUGCAAUGUUGCCAUGUACAGUGGACAGUUGAAGCACACUGUCCUUUGUUCAAUAAGGAGUGUAAAUUGAGGUUAGAGACAUUGUAUUUUUCUCUGAUGGGACGUAUUUUAUUUUGUCAUAGAAAUGCAAUUUGUUCCAGCAACUUCAUGUUUUAUUUU